AUGUCGUCUUCCCCAGCAGCCCCUCUCAUGAUCGACCGUGCAGCUCGUCCCCGGACACGAAGCAGUCUGACCUUUGGCGGCAUCAAAACCAUCAGAAGUAAUCUCAGAGGCGUUUUACUGACCUUGUCCUGGCAAGACUCCCUUUCACAACUUACUGGCAUAAGAUUGAGCGAGGACAAGGCAAACCUGUUGCCAGCACGCGGCAGUCCCAGUCGUGGGACUCUCAGCCCGAGCAUGUCAAGAUACAUCAAGCAUGCUUCAGAAGAUGUCCAGCAAGUCUCCCAGCCUGAAGGCACGCAGCGAAAGACGCCGCUGUGGAGCCUUCUGCAAGCAAACAGGACUGGCAAGCUGCAUGCCUUGCUGGAGAAGCUGCGAAGUGAUCAGCAAGACAUGGAGCGUUCUGCAUCGGACCUGCAGAACUUGAAGGAGAAGUUCAAAGCAGCCAUGCUCACCGCACAUCGAACGGGUGAACUGCAUAAAGUGGCAGGUGAUUUGGCCCAGGAGGUGGAGCGGCAGGCAGAUGACUUCCAGCGGUUGAAACAGCGUGCGCUGGAGAGCCUUCUUCGCAUGAAGCGGGCAGGGAAGCUGGAGGAUUUUGCAGAGGAGAUGCGUCGGAUGCGGGAGUCGCAGGCCAGCACCGGCGCUGCGGUGCAGGCCGAGACCGACAGCGAGGCGGAAGCUGCUCAGUCGCAAAACGCCAAGAGCUUUCCUUCCAAAGGGCGCCUCUCUGCCAAGCAGCGCGCCCUCCAGAGCUUGCUGGAGAUGAAGCGCUCCGGCGAGCUACAAUUUCUGGCGGCAGAGAUGGAGUCGGCGCAGAGAAAGUUUGAAGCCAAAGCUGCUCAGUUCCGCGAGAUCUCUACGCGCAUGCGCCGUGGCAUGGUGAACGCGAAGCGUUCCGGGGAGCUGGAGCGAUUGGUCGGCGAGAUGACUGAGGUUCUGGAGACGCAGGCAGAGAGUAUCCGUACCCGCGUCCGCAAAGGCAUCCUUCGAGCGCAUCGGAGGGGAGAGCUGGAGGAUUUGCGGCAGGAGCUGGACGAGCUUGCGGAUGAGGUGCCUUCCAUGCGCACUACUCAUUCGGGCAAGAAGUGGCACGAGAUCAGCAGCGAUUCAGAUCUCGAUAGUCGGCACCGGAGUGGAAGCGAGUUCCGCGAUGAUGAGCUUUCUGAGAGCAACGAGGAGGGCAGUGAUGCAGAUGGAGCUGCCGCCAUGAGCAGCUGGCAGGCUGCGGCCAUGAAGCCUCGGAAGCGCUGGGCAGACAUGACCACAAGCAGCGACUCAGGUGCGGCGGCGCUUUCCUUCCAAGGCUGGACGGGCAACAAUCUUUUCAAGUUGUCGAAGGUGGCUUUCCGAGUCGGCAACACCACCAUGCUCUUCGUGAACGCCCAUCUCGCAGCGCAUGCGAACAAAAUGAAGGAGCGUACGCAGAACUUGCACCGCAUCCUUGCAGAUUCACCGCUACGCAAGCGGAAGGAUUUAAGUGGCGUCCAUGAGGAAUACGACCGCGUGUUCGUGAUGGGCGAUCUGAACACGCGAGUGGACGCCAGCAGAGCCGAAGUGGAUGCUUGGAUCAUGGACAAGCAGUUCGACAAGUGCCUGGCAAAGGACCAGCUGCUACCCUUGUUGAAAGGCCAUCCAGGUGGUGCGAGCCCCGUUGGAUUCUGGCCAGAAUUUGAGGAGGCAGAGAUCAAUUUUCCGCCGACGUACAAGUUUGACAAGCACUCGGACGUUUACGAUUCUUCCAAGAAGCAGCGCGUUCCGAGUUGGACGGACCGGAUUUUGUGGCGACGGGAUCCGCACAUCAAGCCGCUGGCGUACGACUCUGUACCCGCGCUGCAGUGCUCAGAUCAUCGUCCGGUGUUUGCGCAGUUCGAGGUGAUGGUGGAUUUUGAAGAUUGGUCGGGGCCACAAGUCCCGGAGCAAAGCAGGAGAAGCUCCGUUUGCUCUGUGCAGUGA